AUGUCUUAUUUGAUUUCUCGUUUGUCACAAUCGGUACAACCAGAUCGCGGUCGUCGAGAUAACCCAUCCCGCAGAUGUUUUUCGUACAAACCAGGGAACUGUGACGAGGCCCCACGGGAGGACGACUGUGCUUGUAUUACUGAUGACGGCAUAAUACAAAUAGGUUAUGGACCCCGGGGCAAGGGCGAAGGCAAACCACCUGAUGCUCCCAUCGGCGAUUUCUGUUCUUCGUACUCAACGUACAAUGGUUUGGUGUCUUUCACUCAACGCCCGUGUCCAACAACCGCACCCACAAUAACCACCUCGAUCCCACUGUCCUCGCCCUCGUCAGAUGUAACAUCAACCACAGCCCGGGUCGAUGGGACGGGGGACGCGGUAAUGUCCACACCCGUCAGGAAUCCAAAUGUCUACACAUCUCUGCAACUAACGACGCAGGAAUCGUCAGUGGCAGUGACGGAUGGAAAUGAAGUCUAUUCCUCGCCUACACACGAUCCAACCGAUGAGGGCGCACCAAAGAUAAACGUUAUAACCUGGCUGCUGCCUGCACUUGCUGCUGGACUGGUAAUAAUUAUCGCAUUGGUGGCGCUGCUUAUGUACAUCAGACGAAGACGAAACUUGCGAAGAUCCCAUCAAUUGGAUUGUCUGUCACACAGUCGAUCUGAUAAAGUGAACAGUCGUGUACUUUUCUCUGCCUCUCCAGCCAACAUCUCGCAAGGAGGGAUGAACGAUGAGGGUGAUGACGUCAUGCCGUCAGGUGCCCAGCGGAUACCGUUGCUCACCUCCUCUGCUAACGGUACCAAUCUAGACGACGGUCACGAACGACCAAGAGAAGUCGCAAUGAGGCGGCGAUCAGAUGCUGCGGAAUCGACCGACAGUAUUGAGUCUAGGAACCGCGCGAGUCAACCGUCAUUACGUGAUUACGAAGAGGUUCCUGACCGCAAUAGUUCAGGGCUAUCAUCAAAUUACAUUUAUGAUUACGCCGCAAUUGACAACUUACCUGUAAGCACAGGAGUUAAUUUGGGAUCCCACAACAAAUCCCCUCCAAAUCAAAGCAACCAUGAACCCCCAAUGGUGCACCCCGCCCCACCUGCUACUGACCCAGGUAGACCCGAUUCUAAAUACGAUGACGUUGUUGUUGGAAAUAAUUCCGAUCAGCUCGUUGUUGAUGUAGAGCAAGAUCGGGCUUAUGUGAACCAAAAGGUCUUUGCAAAGCGUCGUUUGGGUAAAGAUAAGCAAGCUCCAAAACGGAGCGUUGCUGGAACGAAUUAUCCACCAUCUGACCGGAGCCAGCAACCUGUGCGUUCGUUCAUAACUGCCAGAGAUCCCCCAGUCCCUACCGAUGAUGCCUACGCCUAUGUAGAGAUCCCCUUUAAUACCAUUCCUAGUCCCUGUGACUCCCCACCAGCGUGUGCCGAGGGCGCAGUACCGACACAAAGCCCGCUGUGUGACGGGGGCUAUCAGGCUUUGAAUCCGGCCGGGCUUGAGGGAGAAAAUAAGUAUACACCCCUGAUUCUUGAAAAAGAAUGACCCAUGACCCAUUCCUUAACACCACGUUGGCUUAAUAAAAGGCUGAGGGUUGGGAACGAUCAUGGGGUUUUCAUGGUUGCUCUUGUUUUCAAUUUUCACUUGAAGGAAAACCAGAUUGCAAGUCGGGAAUUGGUGACAAACAAGACAUAGCUCUUGGGUGUAAUUUAGGUUAUUGUAUACACAAAGCUUGCACGACUGGGUUUCAUUGAAGAUCAUCAAUAACAAAGGUAUUAAAGACGUUAAAGAAUACUUAAGGAGUGUUAAGAUUCCUGAAACUGUAUCAAUAGUUAUUUC